CUUCGCUGUACUUCACAAGCAUUAUGGCGAUUCUUCAAGAAACUUUUCGUAUAUAAAAAGGCGCUGCUGUUAAGUACCUAUCAGCCAGUUGUUAAAUAGCAUUUCCGACAUUCAAGUGGAUUACAAAAUUGCUCACCGUCACACGGAACAAAAGGAUAUCAUCAACUCAGUUGUGAAAGUAAAUUACAGAAAGUUAAAUUUUCGCAUUUAAACUAUCGAAACGAAGUGUUCUUCGCGCUGAAACUUUUAGCGAAAUAAAAAAAUAUAUAUACAAUAUAUUGUAAAAAUGUACAAGUUUGCCAGCGUUUUGUUGUCGGCGGUUCUAUUUGCUAUUGUCUUGGCGCGUCCUGCUGAGGAGGAAUCCGCUGCGCGUGCCGCAGUUACCACAACAACAACACCGGCCACAAUACUCAAACAAGUCGAUGUCACCAAUCCAGAUGGUAGCUAUAACAACAGUUACGAGACCUCCAAUGGCAUUAAAGUCGAAAAUGCUGGAUAUCUGAAGAAAAUCGUUGUGCCAAAACAGGAAUCCACCGAUGGUCAGGUGAUUGAGGAACACGAAGAGUUGGUUUUGGUGCAGACCGGCUUGUACUCGUACUCCGAUCCCGAGGGCAACAUCAUCACACUGCGCUAUGUAGCCGAUGAGAAUGGCUUCCAACCACAGGGCGAUCACUUGCCAGUGCCGCCAGCUUAAAGCCAGGAAAUACUUUGAACGAUAAUUAUUUGCUUAAAAACUAAAAGUAAUAAAAACAGAAACUAAGCAAGUAAUGCACAAAUAAAAGCGGAAGUAAUGAAAUAAGUUGUAAACAAUAAGUAUUACAUUUAGCUAAGUUAAUUAGAAACGAAAAGGUUAAUAAACCAUAAGUCAAUAGUUGCAUAACUUUAAGUAAAUAAAUAAUGAGACGAUAAUACUGCCAUUUAAUGAUAAAUAAAAUUAUGUGAAUAAAUAAAGUUUGAAUUUAAAAAUGUAUACUCGUA